AGCUGAUGAUCAUGUCAUACGGUGGUAGAAUGAACGGUGCUUUUGUAGUACUUCUCUGCAUGGUAUCAUGUAUUAUUCAUGUUGCCGAGAGCAGUCAUUGUACGGCGAGUGGGCCCUUGCCUGAUGGAUUCGUUUACGACGCAACACUCAAUUCUUGCUAUUAUUUUAUGUACAUUUCCACUGGGACAUGGUUGGAGGCUGAUGGAGCUUGUAAUCGAAUGCAUUCUAAACUUGUCGCAAUAGAGAGUGCAGCAGAACAGACAUACAUUUGGAAUAAAAUAACAGCGGAUGGCCAAAACUCAAAAACGUUUUGGACAGGAGGCAACAACUUUGGUCCCCAGUGGAGAUUGAAUCGUCCAGGUGCUACCUCUCUGAACAUUGUCACUUACUCUAACUGGAAUGCGGGUGAACCAAACAAUCCCCUACUUGAACACUGUUUGGAAUUAUCAACAGGAGGGGGAUGGAAUGAUGUUCCAUGCGAAUCGAGACGCUUCUAUAUCUGCGAAUUGAAUUAAACAUGUAAUUCAUAUAUUCUUUCAAUAAAAUUGGUG